GAGAGGGACAAAACCACUUUGAUCUGAUUCGAUCACGAUGAGAAGGGUUAAGGGACUUGCAGCUCUCGGCCGAGCCAUUGCUGGUGAAUUCGCCGGCGCCGCCAGAACCUCCGCCGCCGCUCGACGGGGACUUCUGCCUCAGGUAGCGGCGGCAACCUUUAAUUCUCGCUUGCCGUCGUUCGCUGGACGAUCCUCCGAUGGUUUUUCUCAAUUGACUCUCAUCCCUUCCAUGAAUCACGGUUUUCCGGCAACCAUGUGCUUCUCCAGCGCCGCCUCUCCGGCGAAGGAGCCACAGAGCUCCGACAAGUUCCUCCCCAAAGAUGCCGUGCUCUAUCAGUACGAAGCCUGCCCUUUCUGCAACAAAGUCAAAGCGUUCUUGGAUUUUCACAACGUUCCGUACAAGGUUGUGGAAGUUAACCCCAUCAACAAAAAGGAGAUCAAGUGGUCUGAUUACAAGAAGGUGCCCAUCUUGAAAGUUGAUGGUGAAAACAUGGUCGAUUCAUCAGUUAUAAUUGAUAAUCUGUAUCAAAAGAUCAAUCCUGACAACCCUGCCCUGGACAGCGAAGAAGAAAAGAAGUGGCGCAGGUGGGUGGAUAAUCACUUGGUUCAUGUUUUGUCACCGAACAUAUAUAGAACUGCUUCUGAGGCACUCGAGUCUUUUGACUAUAUCACAUCUCAUGGCAAUUUCAGUUUUUCUGAAAGAAUAAUAGCAAAGUAUGGUGGAGCUGCAGCUAUGUAUUUUGUGUCUAAGAAACUAAAGAAGAGGCACAACAUCACCGACGAACGUGCAGCGUUUUAUGAAGCUGUAGAAACAUGGGUGGAUGCUCUUAAAGGAAGGCAGUUUCUUGGUGGGUCGAGUCCCAAUUUAGCUGAUAUUUCUGUUUUUGGUGUUCUGAGGCCCAUCCGGCACCUUCAAUCCGGCAGAGACAUGGUGAGCAAUACCCGGAUUGGUGAAUGGUACAAUAGAAUGGAAGGGGCAGUGGGAGAGUCUUCUAGAAUAAAGGCAUGAAGGUGAGAUAUAUCAAAUAUAGUGCGUUUCGUAAAUUGUGCUGAUUCAUGAUUACAGAAAGGAAGGUGUGUUUGGUCAUGCUUACAUUGAUAGUUUUAGGGUCUGUUUAGUUUGCU